UGUCGACAAGCCCUAGCUCUGGACGGAAGUACAGAGCGCCAUGAUUCCGAGGGGCGUCCUGUUGCUGGCGGUGUCAGCGAUUUGGCUGAGUGGGUGUGUUCGCCCAGCGGCGUCGGGGGCUGUUAAGGGCAUUGAAUGCAGUAGGAAAAUUGGACGCUGCGUUCCCGAGAGGCGCUGCAGCCAGGCCGUGCCCAAUGCUGCAUGUGACAAAGAUGGACACGUAUGUUGCAAAAGAGAUUCCGUUGUAGGCCGAAGAAAACCCAAGUUCAGAAAAAACAUAGGAGGUCAGGGAAACCAAGCUAAAAUGAUGAAAAACGAAAUAAAUGAAAAAAAACAGAAAGGAAAUAAUAAACGAAGACCUGGGGAAACAGGCGACAAGAAAACAUCUCGAAGAAAUGGGAAGAAACGUGUCGGAACGAAAAUACAAAUUCCUGAUAAGAAAAGGACUGGAAAACAAGGUUCCAUAAAAUGUACGAAGGAGUAUGGAAGAUGUAGGUCUAAAUGUCGCGGUGAUAUUGAUAAAGAAAGAGCGUGUCCCAACGGCAAAGUGUGCUGUAGAAAGCGAAGAACUCGGAACCAAGCUAUAGUUAAGGCAAAAAACAAUGCUUGCACAGGAGCAGGAGGAGUUUGCAAGAAACCUAACAAAAAGUGCAAAGAGCCUCUUUCCUUUGAGUGUCCGAACAAAGAUAGAAUCUGCUGCAAGAAAACCAACAAGUGCACAUCGAAUGGCUUCAAAUGUGUACAAAAAUGUAGAGGAACGACCAAGCAAUUCAAUGGUUGUAAGCAAGGAAAAGUCUGCUGCAAGCAAGCAAAAGAAAUGACCUGCAAACAAAUAGGCGGAAAUUGUAAAGAAAAAGCAAAAUGCAAAACGGAAAUCCUAAAUCCCGACAAGAAAUGCAAAGAUGCAAAGGUUUGUUGCAAACAAGUAAAUAAUUGCCAAGCCCUAGGAGCAAAAUGUCGAAAGGAAGCUAAAUGCAACGGGAAAAUAUUGACUCCCUCUGUACCAUGCAAGAAUGGUAGAGUCUGUUGUGAAAAGGGAAAUAAAUGCAAAGAUCUAAAAGGUACAUGUCGAGAGGAAGCCAAAUGCGACGGGAAAAUAUUGACUCCCUCUAUACCAUGUAAGGAUGGUAAAGCCUGUUGUGAAAAGGGAAAUAGAUGCAAAGAUCUAAAAGGUACAUGUCGGGAGGAAGCCAAAUGCGACGGGAAAAUAUUGACUCCCUCUAUACCAUGUAAGGAUGGUAAAGCCUGUUGUGAAAAGGGAAAUAAAUGCAAAGAUCUCAAAGGUACAUGUCGAGAGGAAGCCAAAUGCAGCGGGAAAAUAUUGACUCCCUCUAUACCAUGUAAGGAUGGUAAAGCCUGUUGUGAAAAGGGAGAUAAAUGCAAAGAUCUCAAAGGUACAUGUCGAGAGGAAGCUAAAUGCGACGGGAAAAUAUUAACUCCCUUUAUACCAUGUAAGGAUGGUAAAGCCUGUUGUGAAAAGGGAGAUAAAUGCAAAGAUCUCAAAGGUACAUGUCGAGAGGAAGCCAAAUGCGACGGGAAAAUAUUGACUCCCUCUAUACCAUGUAAGGAUGGUAAAGCCUGUUGUGAAAAGGGAGAUAAAUGCAAAGAUCUAAAAGGUACAUGUCGAGAGGAAGCCAAAUGCGACGGGAAAAUAUUGACUCCCUCUAUACCAUGUAAGGAUGGUAAAGCCUGUUGUGAAAAGGGAGAUAAAUGCAAAGAUCUCAAAGGUACAUGUCGAGAGGAAGCCAAAUGCAGCGGGAAAAUAUUGACUCCCUCUAUACCAUGUAAGGAUGGUAAAGCCUGUUGUGAAAAGGAAACAACUUGUAAAUCAUUGAACGGACUGUGUAAACAGGAAGCUGAAUGUGAAAGCAAAGUGUUAAGUCCCAGCAAGGAGUGCAAUGCUGGUAAGGUAUGCUGCUUAGUCCGUACCUGUAGCGACAGAGGAGGGAAGUGUAAGAAAGAAGGAAACUGUAACGGCAGAAUCGUCACGGUGAAGAAGCCAUGUACAGAAUCCAAAGUCUGUUGUCUAGAGAAAAAUAACCAAAGCACAACGAUCACCCCGACACUUGGACCACAACCACAAACCACGUCUGGACCGCAGCCGCAAACCUCUCCUGGACCGCAACCACAAACCACCCCUGGACCGCAACCGCAAACCACCCCUGGACCGCAACCACAAACCACCCCUGGACCGCAACCACAAACCACCGCUGGAUCGCAACCGCAAACCACCCCUGGACCACAACCACAAACCACCCCUGAACCGCAACCAGAAACCACCGCUGGACCGCAUCCACAAACUUCUCCUGGAUCCAACCGCAAACCUCUCCCGGACCGCAACCGCAAACCACCCCUGGACAGCAACCAUACAACAACGAUUGCAGACACAAUAGAUACAACGACUGCAGAUACAACCACUUCAGAUACGACUGCAGAUACAACUGCCGUAGAUACAACAACGACUGCAGAUACAACAACUGCCGCAGAUACGACGACUGCAGAUACAACAACUACCGCAGAUACAACUACUACAGAUAUAACAACUACUGCAGAUACAACAACUACUACUGCAGAUACAACAACUACUGCAGAUACAACGACUGCAGAUACAACUACUACAGAUAUAACAACUACUGCAGAUACAACAACUAUACAACAACUACUGCAGACACAACAACUUCCGCAGAUACAACGACUACUGCAGCCGCAACUACAACCUAUAAUUGAUGUCACCACAACCGAUGCCACUACAACUGAUAUCACCACAACCGAUGCAACUACAACGGAUGCCACCACAACGGAUGUCACCACAACCGAUGCAACUACAACGGAUGUCACCACAACCGAUGCAACUACAACGGAUGUCACCACAACCGAUGCCACUACGGCAGAUUCCACAACCACGGGUUCCACAUCUGAAUCAACCACAAGCGACUCCACAGCCUCCGGCCCCAGCACAACACCGUCUCAGGACCGAAUCGACGCCGAAGACUUGCUCACCAGGUUCAUCCUGCUUCUCGGCAACCUCGAAGCCUCUGUCGACGACGAAAACACCUCACAGAUGACCGACGGCACCAUCACCGUCAGAAGCAUUAUCCUCGAACCAGGGCGAUUCUGCCGCAAGCUCGAGGCGACACACAGCAGCUGCUGGACAAGAUCAGAAACGUUACCCUGCCCACACUGGCACCUUAAAGGAUAA